AUGGGAACAUUUAGUGAGCCCACCUGUGAAUGUACAGAAGGAGCAUCUCAAAUCAGAGGAACUCCAUCGAGCAAAACGUUGACUAAUACAUUGAAUGAUACGUUGACUAAUACAUUGAAUGAUACGUUGACUAAUACAUUGAAAGAUACGUUGACUAAUACAUUGAAUGAUACGUUGACUAAUACAUUGAAUGAUAUGUUAACUAAUACAUUGACUGAUACGUUUACUGACGCGUUGAGCAGCGAAUUCGCUAUUCGUGAAAACGAGGGGUGGGGAAUACCCUGUAAAGACACUCAUAACAGUAACAAAUUACCUACCACUGAACGUAUAAAAACAAACGAAAUUACAACUACAAUUUGUAUAAAUUCUAAAAAGGAAGACGAAAAGGGAAAAGAAAAAAAUUUACAUAUAAAAAAAAAUAGUAUAGAUUUUGACAAUUUUAAUCAAAGUAUAUUCAGUAUAAAUCUCAAUGAGAGAAAUGAGGAAGAGAAAAAUAAAAAAAAUGGUAAGGACGAUUAUCAGAGAACAGAUAACAUCGAUAAUGAAAGGAGUAACUAUACGGACGGAAAUGAUGUGGAAGAGGACCCAGGAGAAAGUCAUCCUGACAGUUAUAGCAUUCAUGGUACACUUGUUACACAUAACGAACAUAUCAAGCUUACCAAACGGGGAGAGUCUGGCAAAUCUGGCGAAUCUGGAAAAUCUGGAAAAUCUGGAGAACCUGACGAACCUGACGAACCUGACCAAAAUGACUGUUAUGCGAUAAAAAGGAAAAAAGGAAAAGAAGCCCACCACUUGGACGACCACAGCGAGGACUCCUCGGGGUAUCUCCUCGAUGAUGUAAGUAAUAUUUUAAAAAAAAAAAGCAACGAAAAAAUGGAGAAGAAAAAUAGGUCUACCUAUAUUUUUCAACACAAAAAAAGAAUAAAAGACAGGAAAACGCAAAAACAAAAAGGAAAAAAGAAUAAUCCUUUAAAACCAAAUUUUUUAAAAAUAAAUAAGACAUCAAAAGAUAAUAUUAAAAGAGCUAGUGUAGCUACUAUAAUGUUGGAAAACUUUUCUAAUAGCGAAAUGGACUAUAGCAGUGGUUUUUCAUGUGAUUCUGAGAGGAUUAACUCGAAUGAAUACUAG